CAUUUUCUGAGAAUGUGCAUCUGUAUCAAAUUAUGAAUUUAAUAUUUAAAGGCAGCAGUCAGUCUAUGGUCUGUACGCGCAUGAGCAUGCAUGCUUGUGACUACAAAUUGAAUGUUAUGAAACUUGCUCACUGUUCCAUAUUGGCGUGCUCAAAAAAGGGUGCACAGCAUGACGAGUUUAAUAUUUUUACCCAGUAAGUUAUCGGUUUAAAGCUUCUUAAGUUUCCCCUGCUGUGAUUAAAUUCAGCAACAGCCUGAAACAUCCCUCUAAGUAAAUAAGUAUAAAACAUGCUGGAUGCAGUAUCUGCUGUGUUAAUGUUUAGACCACUUCCACAUAUCACCAAAACUGUCCCCAGAGCUGAUAUGAAAAUGAGCAGGAAGAAAAAGGGGAAGUAAGCCCAGCCGAUUCCUCACAGUGGGUGUGUUUUAGCUUCUUGCAUCACAGACAAACACACAUUCUAUGGAAGACAAGCUACUGAGGCAAAGCUUCAGGCCAACGAUUCAAGCGUCAGCUGUUGUAUUCUGAUGGUCGGCUUUUGUGGUGUCUGGAUUCACACUGACUUCGUCAUGUCCAACAAUAUAUUGGAAGAACUCUUCAUCAAACGAUCACAGCAGAAGAAGAAGACCUCUCCUCUGAACUACAAGGAGAGAUGGUUUGUUCUGACCACAGAAAAAAUUGCCUACUAUGAUUAUGAUCCCGAAAAAACGAAGCGAAAAGGUCUGAGGGGAUCAGUUGACCUGGAAAAGAUCAAGGGUGUAGAGCAAGUCCAGCCAGAACCUAACGGCCCGCAAGAGCGCAUGUACGCAUUCCAGAUUAUUUAUGAUGAAGGGCCGCUGUACAUAUUUGCGAAGACAGAAGAUAUUCGGGAUCGGUGGAUAAAGAAGUUGAAAGAACUGGUGCGUUUCAACAAGGAUCUGUUGCAAAAGUACCAUCCAUGUUUCUGGGUGGAUGGGAUGUGGUUGUGCUGCCAACAGGAAGUUAAACAAGCUAUGGGCUGCAAGGUGCUGCAUGGUAAGAACGGUUUUACCUCUAAACCUUCUCGACUACGGGGAUCCAGAAAACCACUUCCUCCAACUCCACAAGAGCUGCCUGAGAGGCCGGACUGCUCUGUAGGUAUGACCGUUAUUGCUGAGUAUAAUUACACGCCAAUGACGCCGCAGGACCUGGAGCUGAGGAAGGAUGAAGAGUAUACCAUCCUCGAGAUGUCUGACCCAAACUGGUGGAGGGCCCGGGACAGACACGGAAAUGAAGGAUUUAUACCCAGUAAUUACAUUGUGGAAGCAACAACGGGACUAGAAAAAUUUGAUUGGUACUGCAAGAAUAUGAACAGAAGCCAAGCAGAAAACCUGCUGAAGACUGAGAACAAAGAUGGCGGGUUCUUGGUACGUGACUCAAGCAAGGCUGGGAAGUACACUGUGUCUUUGUUCAGCAAGGUUGCUGGGGAGAUCAGUGGAAUCUGCAAGCAUUAUAACAUCUGCACGACCCCACAAGGCCAGUUUUACGUGGCACUCAAGCAUAAUUUCAGCAGCAUCCCAGAGCUAAUCAACUACCACCAGCACAACUCAGCAGGUAUGGUUAGCAGGCUGAAAUACAUUGUAUCAAAUCGGGCACGGCCUCCAUCGACAGCGGGACUUGGUUAUGGUACUUGGGAAAUAGACCCCCACUGUCUCACCUUCAUCAAGGAGCUUGGCACUGGCCAAUUUGGAGUGGUGAAGUAUGGAAAGUGGCAGGGAAAACAUGACGUAGCAAUUAAGAUGAUUAGAGAAGGCUCCAUGUCAGAAGACGAUUUCAUAGAAGAAGCCAAAAUCAUGAUGAAGCUACACCAUGAGAACCUGGUACAGCUGUACGGUGUGUGCACCAAGCAAAGACCUAUUUACAUAGUGACAGAGUAUCUUUCCAAUGGCUGUCUGCUGACAUACCUGAAAGAGGGCCUGACGCAGCACCCGACAUCCAUCCAGCUCCUGGAGAUGUGCAAAGACGUCUCUGAGGGCAUGGCCUAUCUUGAAUCCAAGCAAUACAUCCACAGAGACCUGGCUGCCAGAAACUGCUUGGUAGAUUCCAAUGGCACAGUCAAAGUCACUGACUUUGGGUUAUCUAGGUAUGUCUUAGAUGAUGAAUACACAAGCUCAGCGGGUUCCAAGUUCCCAGUUCGCUGGUCUCCGCCUGAAGUCCUGCUUUACUGCAAAUUCAGCAGCAAGUCAGAUAUCUGGGCUUAUGGGGUUUUAAUGUGGGAGGUGUACACCUUGGGACGGCUUCCAUAUGAGCGACUAAACAACGCAGAAAUAGCCGAUCAGGUGUCUCGGGGCCUCCGCCUCUACCGCCCCCAGCUGGCCAACGAUAGGGUGUACAGCAUUAUGUCAAUCUGUUGGUGUGAUAAGGCGGAUGAGCGACCCACCUUUCAGGAGCUGGUUUUGACUGUCCAGGAUUUGCUUUAUGAGCUCCAGUAG